UUUUUUUUUUUUUUUUUUUAUCAUUGUUAUUCUUUAUUCAUAAAAUGACCUUUGAUCUUACUGCUAUUAAGAAUAAUAUUAUUCCCCACGAGAUUCCCGAGUUUAAAUAUACUUAUGGUACUGCUGGUUUCCGUUCAAAGGCUGAUGUGUUAGGCUCUGUUAUGUACAAAGUUGCCAUCUUGGCCGCUUUGCGUUCAAAGAAAUGGAAUGGUUCUACUAUUGGUGUUAUGAUUACUGCUUCUCAUAAUCCUGAAGAGGAUAAUGGUGUUAAGCUUGUAGACCCUCGUGGUGAAAUGUUGGAACAAUCAUGGGAGGGUUAUGCUACAAAACUUGCUAAUGCUAAAGAUGGCAAUUCACUUGUUCAAGUUGUCGAAGAAGUUAUUUCUCAAAAUAAGAUUAAUAUCGAAGCUCCUGCUAAUGUUAUUUAUGCAUAUGAUACAAGACCUAGUUGUCCUCAACUAGUUAAAUGUCUUGAGCAAGGUUUGGAAGCCUCUGGUGCUCAAAGAACUAAUUUUGGUUUAAAGACAACACCUAUGCUUCAUUAUCUUGUUCGUUGUAUUAAUACAGUUGGAACUAGCGAUGCUUAUGGUGAACCUACUGAGGAAGGUUAUUAUAAGAAAUUAGCUACUGCUUUUGCUACUGCUGUCAAAGGAAAAUCUCGUUUGUCUACAUUACAUGUUGACUGUGCUAAUGGCGUUGGUGCACCCAAGCUUCGUGAACUUGCUAACUAUAUCCCCAGUGAUGUAUUAUCUGUUGAAGUUGUAAAUGAUAAUAUUAAUACUUUAGGUCAAUUAAAUAAGAACUGUGGUGCUGAUUAUGUCAAGACUCAACAACGCGCACCUCCUAGUCUUAGUAUUAAACCUGGCGAUAGAUGUUGUUCAUUUGACGGUGACGCUGAUCGUAUCGUCUACUAUUAUGUUUCUGAAGAUAAUACUUUUAGACUUUUAGAUGGUGAUAAGAUUGCUGGUCUUGCUGCUCUCUUUAUUGCUGAAUUGGUUAAAGAGGCUGGUAUUCAUUCUAUUAAAGUGGGUGUUGUUCAAACCGCUUAUGCUAACGGCAGCUCUACUAAUUAUCUUUCUAAAGUUUUGAAUGUACCCGUCUCUUGUGUCUCUACAGGUGUUAAACAUCUUCAUCAUGAAGCUGAAAAAUAUGACGUUGGUGUUUACUUUGAAGCAAAUGGUCAUGGUACAGUUCUUUUCAGUCCUGAUGCUCUUAAUACUAUCAAAACUGCUGAAGCUAAAACUCCUGCUCAAAAACAAGCCAUUACCCAACUUGCUGCUUUAACUGAUCUUAUUAAUCAAACUGUAGGUGAUGCUAUUUCAGACAUGUUAUUGGUUGAAGCUAUUCUUACUAGUCGUCAAUGGAGUUUGGAAGAAUGGGAUCAAGCUUAUACUGAUCUUCCUAACCGUCUUGUCAAAGUUGUUGUCUCUGAUAGACAUAUCUUUAAGACUACAAAUGCUGAGCGUCAACUAGUUGAACCUGUUGGUCUUCAAGCUGAAAUUGAUAGUCUUGUUGCCAAAUAUAGCAAGGGCCGUUCAUUUGUUCGUGCUUCUGGUACCGAAGAUGCAGUGAGAGUUUAUGCUGAAGCUGCUACUCGUGCUGAAACAGAUGACCUUGCAUUUAAGGUUGCUCAACUUGUCUACGAUCGUGCCGGAGGUGUUGGUACUCGACCUUAAAUUACAUUCUAAAUGUAACAUAUUUACCCCCUCUCUUCCCCUUUUAUAACUUGUAUUCAAUCUGCAUCUUUUUUUUUUUUUCUUUCUUUCUG